GUAUUGCACAUGUAUGUGAUCUGUGACAGGAGUCUUUAGUGGUUUACUGUUGAUUGUUAAUGGGGUUAUUUAUGCAAGACGUUAGUGUUUAGGACGAGCAAUAAUCAUUAUAAAAUCAAAGUUCCUGUCAGAAAAUCUCGCUCUCCAUUUUGGCGCUCGAAGUGAAUCAAUUUAGUGUAACCAUAGCACAAGUUUACUUAAUCACGUGAAACCUUAUCAGCUAGCUAAACUAGCUAACUCAAACUUUGAAUUUUGACUAAAGCAAACUUCCAUAACUUCACGACGAUUUAAAAGCUCAUGAGGUGAUCGUCUGCGAUGCCAAGACUGACCUCAGGGCCAUCCUCUGCCGCUGACAUCACUCCUCCUCUGUGCACGGCUCGUCGCCUCUGCUUUGGACUCCCAUCAAGGUCUGAGUCUCCCGCUGUGACCGAAGGCGAUGCCUCCCUCAUCUCCAUUCAUUCUCAGGCAGGCACUCAGGACAAACGCACACUCGCAGCGCUCCCUGGACAACUUUGCGGAGACGAGAUAGAGCGUGAUGAUGACAGAAGAAAGCAGGGGCAAACGGAGGAAACAAGCUAACCCGAGGAGAAACAGAGUAGAUGCUGAGCAGGUGAAUUCCCUGGGCUCUGAGGGGGAGGAUGAGGUCGGCCUGUGGAGCCUGGAUCCCCAGGAAAGCCUGGACAAGACAAGCCUGACGCCCAGCGAGGGGACGGAGGAGCCUGGCAGCCCUGCCCGCUCCACGCAGCCACACAGCCUCAGCCCCGGCAGCAGGAACUACUGGGGGCAGGUGGAGCCAGACACUGAGGCUGCAGAGGAUCCCAACCCCACAUCCAACACUGACAGGGAGGGAGACCAGGACCCACUCAGGAUGUACUGUAAGAACUCAGACUCCCAGAAUGCCUUGGAGGACCUGGCCCACUAUGAAUUUCUGGCCCAGUUAAGGAAGGCCUCUAACUCAGCCAGUCUCUUGGACCACCUGAACCACAAUGGCACGGCAGCUGUGUACCACCCGGGGAGCAGGCACGACGAGCUGCCACCCGCCAUCUGGUCACCAGGAGCUCAGCACCGCUCACCCGAGGGAGCAGAUGCAGGAAGGACUCAGCAGGCCUGCCCGUUCUGUCACAGGAUGUUUCAGCGAGGAGCUUCUUUGCGAGACCACAUCAAGUACUGUCAGGACAGGGAGGGGGUCCACAUGUCCUGUCCGCUCUGUGGAUAUACUGCCACCCAUAGGGCCCAGAUGGAGCAGCACCUGGCACUACACAACCAAAUGCAGGACAAGAGUGCAAUGUGUCUGGAUCAAGCCAUGGAGAACAGGAAGUUCAAAUGUCUAGAGUGUGGGAAAGCUUUCAAGUACAAACACCACUUAAAGGAGCAUCUCCGCAUCCACAGCGGUGAGAAGCCGUAUGAGUGCUCAAACUGCAAGAAGCGUUUCUCACACUCUGGAUCGUACAGCUCCCACUUAAGCAGUAAAAAGUGUCUGAACGGAGGGUCAAACAUGGGAGGAGCCAGCAGUGCGUUUAAUGGACACAGCCAAAGCUCCUACCACCAUUCAUUUCAAAUGUCUCCCUCUGCAGGCGGGGGGAGAAACAGUAAUGAGAGGGGCUCUCCGAUGGCUUCACAGACCAAAGAUAAUAUCAAGACUCUGGGUCGGAUGCCGGAGGAUCCCCACCAGCUUUCACUGCAGGAACCAAACCACACAGGAUUCCCGAGAGCCGCAGACCUGGCUCGGCUUUGGGAGCCUUCUGCAGAGCUCUCCCUGAGGGCCAGUAUCCUAAAAGGGACCACCCUGCUGCCUUAUCUGCACUCUGGGACCAAGUUUGAGCAGAUGCUGCAGGAGAUGCUCCACAGGGAGAUGAGGAAAGACGAGGACAUGGACAGAGGAGGAGGAGGGGGAGGAGCUGCCAUGGAGGAAAGGAGAGUGAUGUUCAACGGAGGAGGGCCUGACAGUAAGGUGUCACCUAAGAGGAGAAGAGAGUCAACAGGCUCAGCCGAAGGGGAGAGAGGUGUGCUCGGGGUGACAUGUCGUUGGUGCUCCCAGCUGUUCCCAAACGUGGCGGUGCUCCUGCAGCACGAGCGCUACCUCUGUAAGAUGAACCGAGAUGCUGUGGAGGUACCCGAGGGCCUUCACAGCAAAGACCUCUCCUCUCCGCCUUUAUUCUUCCCCAGACCUGCUCUCCAACCAGACAACAACAAACCAGGUGAAGUAACAAAUGGUCUGUCUGAAAACAAAUCACCCUUACAGAAGCCCAGCUGGCACUCUGUCCCACAGCAGCUCCUGGUCGCAAUGCACUCACCCCCACAGCCCCUCCAUGCUUUCUGGUCCAGCCAAGAAAAAGGAAGCCCGAGCCAACCAAUCAACCACUCCCCAGAGAUGUCAUCUCCUCGAGCUAGGAGGAGAGUUCCCUCUUCAGGGUUCGGUUCACCGGUCUGUCUCGACCUCACCAGCUGUCCUCCUGAGCUCUCAUCACCUCAGCACCUUCCGUCUGCACAGAAUGAACCACUCGACCUCUCCCUGCCAAAACAGCUCUCAGACAAGGAUAGCAGAAACAAGACUGUAAAUGGCAGCGCAGCCAGAGGAGAGAAGAGAGAGCUCAGCUUGCAGCAGCUCAGACAACUGAGCCCAACGUCACAUCUUCCCUUCCACCACCAUCAUCCAGUCUACAGCGGGGCCGGAGCUCCUGUGUUUCCAGGUGCCUUAUACAACGGAUUUCCUAUUUUCCAGCAGUCUGGUUUAGGGCUUUCAGGGCAUGAAGGCAUUGCUGCAGUUCCAUUCAGUCAGCCAGCAAACAGCCCCGGGUUUAUAUCUCCUAUUGCCUUCAUGAUGGAGGCAGAAGCAGAGGCAGCAAUGAAGAAAAUCCACCAGGAGAGACAAGUUCUCAUGGGUGAGGCACUGAGCCGAGGUGCUCUGGACUACCUCUCUUUCAUGGAUGAUGGGCUGGAUGGAGACGGAGGGCCUGGGAGGAAGAGACUGAAGAAGACGGACGAGGGGCUUUAUGCUUGUGACAUCUGUGAAAAAACCUUUCAGAAGAGCAGCUCUCUGCUGCGGCACAAAUACGAGCACACAGGCAAGCGUCCUCAUGAGUGCAAGAUCUGCAACAAGGCCUUCAAGCACAAGCACCAUCUGAUUGAGCACAGCCGGCUGCACUCGGGAGAGAAACCCUACCAAUGUGACAAAUGUGGGAAACGCUUCUCUCACUCUGGCUCGUACUCCCAGCACAUGAACCACCGCUACGCUUACUGCAGCAAAGACCAGGACCCGGACCAGGACCAGGAGGACAUGCCUCUCACCCCAGGCGCAGGAAACAGUCUCGGGGGCCGCCUUUUAGACGAGAUCCCUCUUUCCAUGGAGGACAUUCAAACCCCGCACUCCUUCCUCAGUGAUUCCAGUCUGGAUGGAGCAGCAGAGGAAAUCAAGGAGGAGGAGGAGGAGGAAGAUGGAGAUAAAGAGGCAGGAGGAGUCAAUCACGGUCAUGUGGAAAAGGCACAUGUGAAUUUGUCAGGGGAAGCCGAGGAGCUUCUCCAAAAAUCACCGACAGAGGAGAAUGGAGUGCAAAGAGGAAGAAAUAUUUACAACGUGGGAAACCAUAAUGAGAAUUCAGAGAGGAAAGUGUGGGACAGAGACUCUGAGGACCAGCAUGGAGACUUGGAUAAAUGUGAACUAGGCCUGGAUUUAACAGAUUUACCCAGAAUAACAACUUAACAUGACUUUAACAUUCCAAUCAAAUGCAUAUUUUGUAUAUAUCAAGACUUUGAUACAUUUCUGUACCCAUUCUAUGAUAGUUUUAACCCGUUUUAAGACAUAACAUGCACAAAUCUGCCAAAGGGGAUGAAGCCAUAAAAGCAAAACAUAUGUGAUUAUACAUAGUUCAGUGUUUCAUCAUGAAGACUUGAUGUACCUACA